CCCAAAGCUGUGACUACCUCUGCCUAUGGUGUUGUGGGCCUGCUCUCUGUGCUUCCACGUGUAGUGUGUCUGCCGCGCUGUUUCCCUGAGUGAGAGAUGGCAGAGCUGGCUCUUUUCAGCGUCUCUGAUAAAACCGGACUGGUAGAGUUUGCGCAGCGGUUGAGCUCUCUUGGUCUUUCAUUGGUUGCGUCUGGUGGGACUGCCAAAUGUCUUCGUGAUGCUGGACUUGCUGUCAGAGAUGUAUCUGAACUUACUGGAUUCCCUGAGAUGCUGGGAGGACGUGUGAAGACCCUUCACCCAGCAGUUCAUGCAGGCAUCCUUGCAAGAAGCAACUCGGAAGAUCAGGCCGACCUCAGCAGACUGGGCUUCAGUUACGUGAGGGUGGUUGUUUGCAAUUUAUACCCUUUUGUGAAGACUGUGUCUGCACCCGGCGUCACGGUGGAGGAAGCUGUGGAGCAGAUUGAUAUUGGAGGUGUAACACUGCUGCGUGCGGCUGCCAAAAACCAUGCCCGUGUCACUGUUGUUUGUGACCCCGGUGACUAUGAGAGCACUGCUGAUGAAAUGGAGAAGUCUGAACAGAAGGAUACAACCCUGGAGAAACGCUGCCAGCUGGCUCUGAAGGCAUUCACUCACACCGCUCAGUACGAUGAUGCCAUCUCAGACUAUUUUAGAAAGCGAUAUAGUAAAGGUGUCUCUCAACUCUCACUCCGGUAUGGCAUAAACCCUCAUCAAGUCCCUGCUCAGAUCUAUACCUGUGGGCCACGUUUACCACUGACAGUGCUGAAUGGUUCCCCUGGUUUUAUUAACCUUUGUGAUGCUCUGAAUGGCUGGCAAUUGGUGAGAGAGCUGAAGAACGCUGUGGGGUUGCCGGCUGCUACUUCUUUCAAACAUGUUAGUCCUGCAGGUGCUGCUGUGGGAGUACCUUUAUCAGAGGAAGAGGCACGUGUCUGCAUGGUCCACGAUCUGUUCCAAACACUUACACCUCUAGCAACAGCCUACGCCAGAGCUAGAGGCGCCGACAGGAUGUCUUCAUUUGGUGAUUUCAUUGCAAUUUCUGACGUAUGCGAUGUUACCACAGCAAAAAUAAUAUCUCGAGAGGUCUCAGAUGGUAUUAUUGCUCCUGGAUAUGAAGAGGAAGCCCUGAAAAUAUUGUCUAAAAAGAAGAAUGGAAGUUACUGUAUCCUCCAGAUGGACCCUGCAUACGAGCCUGAUGGGACUGAGGUUCGGACUCUCUUUGGCCUUCAGCUAGAGCAGAAGAGGAAUGAUGGUCUCAUAGACAGGGCUUUGUUCAGCAAUGUGGUGACUGCCAAAAAAGAGCUCCCGGAAUCAGCAGUUAGAGAUCUGAUUGUAGCCUCUGUCGCUUUGAAAUACACUCAGUCUAAUUCAGUCUGCUACGCAAAGGAUGGCCAGGUGAUUGGUGCAGGGGCCGGCCAGCAGUCCCGUAUACAUUGUACAAGGUUAGCUGGGGACAAAGCUGAUAACUGGUGGUUGCGACAUCACCCACGAGUCCUGGGCAUGAAGUUCAAAGCUGGCGUGAAGAGGGCAGAUAUAUCAAACGCCAUUGAUCAGUACGUGAGCGGAACCUUGACAGAGGAGGAGCUUAUACAGUGGAAGACUCUGUUUGAGCAGCCACCAGAACUGCUGACAGAUGCUGACAAAAAGGAAUGGAUUUCUACCUUGAGUGGUGUUUCCCUUGGCUCUGAUGCCUUCUUUCCUUUCAGAGAUAAUUUGGAUAGAGCAAAAAAGAGUGGUGUUGACUUCAUCGCUGCUCCUGCGGGUUCUGCGGCUGACAAAGCCAUAAUUGAUGCUUGUGACCAGCUGGGCAUUAUCCUGGUGCAUACAAACCUGCGUCUCUUCCACCACUAACGGUUGACAUGUUGUUUGAGUUUUGUGCAUUACAGUUUAAUUUACUGAAUAUUCCAUACGGUUAAACAUAAGUGCUUCUAGCAGUCUUUCGCCGUGCAUAAAACAGAAGGAUGUUGUAUUGCGCUUUCAUGCUACACAACUCCAGCAACAUUCUUUGGAAUUGUUGCAAUUCAAACUCUUCUUUGUUCUAGUUCACUUUACUCUUCUUACAUGUCUGGUUUCUAUGUUGUGAUCCAUUCUUGUAUUUUCAAUUAAAGCAAGCUGCUAUCA